UUGUCGCCUUCCUCUUCUGCAUCCUCUGGUCCCUGCUCUUCCACUUCAAGGAGACAACGUCUACACACUGUGGGAAACCUGUCUGUGUCCCUGGACACAGCCCUCAGAAAGGUUCCCACCCCCCACCCCUGGCAAAGAAGCUACCAUGGGUUGACCUCAACCACUAUCACUUCUUACAGUUUCAGAGUGUUCUGGGAUUUAUGAGGUGGCCUUGUUGAUUCUGGGAAGGCUGUGUGCCUGGGCAGGCGUGGAGAACUGGGCUUUGUGGGCGGGAGGGCAGGCCUGGAGAAGCUGGGGGUGGGACCCUCUCAUCUUGGAGCAGUCUCAGUCUGGCUGGAGUCCUCAACCCAAGCCCCGGAUUCUUCAGAACCCAGUGCCCAACCAACUCAUCAGACCCCAAGUUGUGUCCCUCGCCCCGCCUGGGUCACUCCCUACAGGAUGUUCUCUGCGGCCUCCCUACCCUUGGACUCCGAUGGGACCGUGUUCCGGCUCCGCUUCACAACUUUUGUCUUGUGGGUCAUCACUUUCCCCAUGUUCGGCUUCUUCUUCUGCAUCACCUGGUCCCUGCUGUUCCACUUUGAGUACACGGUGGCCACUGACUGUGGGGUGCCCAAUUACCUGCCGUCAGUGAGCUCGGCCAUCGGCGGGGAGGUGCCCCAGCGCUACGUGUGGCGCUUCUGCAUCGGCCUACACUCAGCACCCCGCUUCUUGGCGGCCUUUGCCUACUGGAACCACUACCUCAGCUGUGCCUCACCAUGUCCUGGCUACCGCCAGCUCUGUCGCAUCAACUUUAUCCUCAAUGUCAUCGAGAACCUCGCACUGCUAGUGCUCACCUAUGUCUCCUCCUCCGAGGACUUCACCAUCCACGAAAAUGCUUUCAUUGUGUUCAUCGCAGCAUCUCUCAGUCACAUGCUCCUCACCUGCAUUCUCUGGCGGCUCACCAAGAAGCACACAGUAAGUCAGGAGGAUCGCAAGUCCUACAGCUGGAAACAACGGCUCUUCAUCAUCAACUUUGUCUCCUUCUUCUCGGCAUUGGCUGUCUACUUUCGGCACAACAUGUAUUGUGAGGCUGGAGUGUACACCAUCUUUGCUGUCCUGGAGUACACUGUUGUCCUAACCAACAUGGCAUUCCACAUGACAGCCUGGUGGGACUUCGGGAACAAAGAGCUGCUCGUAACCUCUCAACCUGAGGAGAAAAGAUUCUAAAUCCUUCUAUGCUGCUAGGAAAAGCCUUCACCUAGGCACAGAGGCUUUCAAGCAACAUCACCCUUAACUGAGAAGCCCUAAGAAGCUAAACUGGCAUAAAAGCUCCACCAUUUGGUGCUAAACAACAACAAAGUCCUGAGGCUCAUGACCACCAUCUAGUUUAUGGCCUUUUUAUAGAAACCUUUGACUGAGGUAUGAGACUGCUGAGCACUGGCUGCUACCUGAAAACCAGUCAUUUCUCUCCAGGUCAUUUACUUAACUGUGUCUAAUGAGGUACUGUGUGCAUCCAGGCCUGUGGCCAUAGUGCUCUGCUGAGUGUCCCUACAUGUUCCAGCUCUGACUUCACCACUUUGAUCUGGUGUGGCUCUAGGGUGUAUACCUUUCCCUGUCAGCCUCUCAUUAUGUCUAUCCCUGUGUAUGAUGGGGGAAGGUGGGCUGUUAAAUAGCCAAAGGCUUUGCUCGUGUGGCUCUAAUCUCAUCUGAUGGAGGUGUUCUGUACCUGGAGGAUGACCCAUCCCAGAGAAGAACCCAAGCACUGCAUGUAUUUCCCUUUCCUUCUGAAGUCACUGGCUUAUGGACUCUUCCUCUUCUCCAAAGGGAGAUGGGUCAAAGGCAUAGUUCCUAAUGGGUUCCCUGGUGUUUCUCCAUUUUCCCUACAGCCUCAGACCAACUCUGAGCUCUUUUGGUUGUACAUUUUAUUGCAAAUAACAAUAAAUUUUUUUUCUUUUGCCAACAA